AUGAACCGUAGUGAAAACUGCAAGGUGGAGGAGCAGGCCAAGAAUUAUAGUCAACCUUUUCACAAUGCAUCUAUGUCAUUAGAUGCAAAUAAAAGCAACGCAGCAAUAGUAUAUAAUCAGCCAACGAUCGAUAAGAAGAAUAUGCACUUGGAAUAUAAAUCAGAUGACAUUGAAAUGUAUGUUGAAAAUAUGCUUAAUGAGUUGAAGGGUAAAAUGCAGAAUUUAUCGAACAAUUUGUUGAGUAAGGUAGAAAAUAUGGAAAAAUCUUUAGAAGAUCUGGAGACAGCCAUGUUGAAUUUUUCGAAUCAGACUGACACCUGA